GCCAUGCGCGGGCGGGGUUAGAGCGAAGGGAGACCCGAUGGGGUGUGCGUCCGGGCCGCUGGCAGUGGCUGGGGUCCGAGAGCGGUCUACAUGGGAGUUCCUGGCUUUGCUCACUCAUUUGUGAAACAAAGGCAGAGGAGGACAAGGCAUCACCGGGCCCCUUUCAGCCUGAUAGUGACUUGGGGUUUUCCGAGCUAGUGUUCCCUAGCCUAACGAGGGUCCCACGUCGCGCCCACGACACAGACGGUGUGAGGCAGAGUACCAGAGGACGUCUGGACUCUUCUUCACUCGUCAGUUUUCAAACUGGAGGGGGGUUCGGGAUCAUCAAUCCGAGGCCGUCACUUUACAGAUGAGGAAACCGCUCCAGAGAGGGACGGGAAUGGGCUCAAGGGCCCCUGCCGCGCACAUUCCACCCAGGGCUCCCGCACAUUAGAUGCUGCUGUUAACAGCCACCACCGCCUCUGUCCCUGGUCUGGGCAAGAGCACGGGAAGAUGGGGACCUGCCUCUUGCCUACAGUCCCACCAGACGCUCUUGUCGAGCCUUCGGGGAUGCUUGGAGGCCGUACUGUCCAUUCCUACUCCUAAAACAUGAGGAAACGAGUCUCAGCAUAAAGAUCUCCUUGUGGCCACUUAAUCUCUUUAUAACAGCAGAAUAUUAAAGAUGGUGACUAAAAGACAGUGGUGUUCCUCACAGCGUCCUGAGGAAGAGGACACUGCUAAAAGGGAGGGCACAGUGAGGAGGUGAACAUGGCUUUUUAUGCCUCGAAACCAAGUGUUCUCCCAGAAGGGCCUUGGGCUCGGGUUGGAGGUGGUGUGGGAGGGGAGCGACCUCAUACACCCCUGGGAUUCUCUCAGUAGUAACUGAAGAUGGACGCACAUGUGGAGACUCAGCCACCCUCUGACUUCCAGCCAUGACCACCACCACCAACUGCCAUUUCAUGAACACCUGCUGUGUGCCAGGCACUGUUCUGCAUAUUGUGGGGGGCACAGAGCUUGGCCUCAGGCAGCUCACAAGUAAUUUGGGUUUGGGAGCUGAAACCCACACAAAUGAAGCGGCAUAAAAAUGGUAACAAGCAGUAUUUCACUAGGAUGGCUUCUAAGAAGAAGGUUCAUGCAUUUGUCCGCGUCAAGCCGACGGAUGACUUUGCUCAUGAAAUGAUCAAAUAUGGAAAUGACAACAAAAGCAUUGAUAUUCACUUAAAAAAAGACACUCGGCGAGGAGUUGUCAAUAACCAGCAGACAGACUGGUCCUUCAAGCUGGAUGGAGUUCUCCAUGAUGCCUCCCAGGACUUGGUUUAUGAGACAGUUGCAAAGGAUGUGGUUUCUCAGGCCCUGGAUGGCUACAAUGGCACCAUCAUGUGCUACGGGCAGACGGGAGCUGGCAAGACAUAUACCAUGACAGGGGCAUCUGAGAAUUACAAGCACCGGGGGAUUCUGCCCCGCGCCCUGCAGCAGGUCUUCAGGAUGAUCAAGGAGCGCCCCACACACGCCAUCACCGUGCGAGUCUCCUACCUGGAAAUCUACAACGAGAGCCUAUUUGAUCUCCUGUCCACUCUGCCCUACGUGGGCCCCUCCGUCACACCAAUGACCAUUGUGGAAAACCCCCAGGGCAUCUUCAUUAAGGGCCUGUCAGUCCACCUCACCAGCCAGGAGGAGGACGCCUUCAGCCUCCUCUUUGAGGGAGAAACCAACAGGAUCAUAGCCUCCCACACCUUGAACAAAAACUCAUCCAGGUCACACUGCAUCUUCACCAUCUACGUGGAGGCGCACUCCCGGACCCUAUCGGAUGAGAAGUACAUCACUUCCAAAAUCAACUUGGUGGACCUGGCAGGCUCCGAGAGGCUGGGGAAGUCAGGGUCGGAGGGCCACGUCCUGAAGGAAGCCACCUACAUCAACAAGUCGCUGUCGUUCCUGGAGCAGGCCAUCAUCGCCCUUGGGGACCAGAAGCGGGACCACAUCCCUUUCCGCCAGUGCAAACUCACCCACGCCCUGAAGGACUCGCUGGGGGGAAACUGCAAUAUGGUGCUCAUUACUAACAUCUACGGAGAAGCUGCCCAGCUGGAGGAGACGCUGUCUUCGCUACGCUUUGCCAGCAGGAUGAAGCUGGUCACGACUGAGCCUGCCAUCAAUGAAAAGUACGAUGCCGAGCGAAUGGUCAAGAACCUGGAGAAGGAGCUGUCACUGCUCAAGCAGGAGCUGGCCCUGCACAACAGCUUGGCCAACCGCCCUCUGGUGACCUAUGACCCCAUGGAUGAAAUCCAGAUCGCUGAGAUCAACUCCCAAGUGCGGAGGUACCUGGAAGGGACCCUGGACGAGAUCGACAUAAUCAACCUCAGACAGAUCCAGGAGGUGUUCAACCAGUUCCGAGUGGUUCUGAGCCAACAGGAACAGGAAGUGGAGUCUGCCUUACGCCGGAAGUACACCCUCAUAGACAAGAAUGACUUCGCAACCAUUUCUGCCGUCCAUAAGGCAGGGCUUGUGGAUGUUGACGGCCACCUAGUUGGUGAGUCCGAUGGACAUGGCUUUGGACUCGGGGUCAUCCCUUUCUCUGCCAAGCCUGGGAAGAAAUCCAAGGCCAAGAAGACAUUCAAAGAGCUGAGCGUUCCACUGAGAAAGGAAGGUGCUAGCAGCCCUGUGAGUGGCAAGGACCUGGAUAUGAUCUCCACCUCCAAGACCCUGCUGGUCCUGUCUGUUAAGGAUGGGGAUGUCAAGGACAUGCUUUCUCGGGAGAGGGAAACCUCCAGCAUUGAGCCCCCUACCUCAAGCUCCCCGAAGGAGGAAUCACGCCUAGCCAGGCCCGGCACUCCACCCUCCAGGCCUGUGGCCUUUGAGGAUUUCAAGAAUGAUCGAGGUAGUGAGAUCAACCGCAUCUUCAAAGAAAACAAAUCCAUCUUGAAUGAACGGAGAAGAAGGGCCAGUGAGACCAUACAGCACAUCAAUACCAUCAAGCGGGAGAUUGAUGUGACCAAGGAGGCCCUGAACUUCCAGAAGUCGCUACGGGAGAAGCAAGGCCAGUACGAGAACAAGGGGCUGAUGAUCAUAGACGAGGAGGAAUUCCUGCUAAUCCUGAAGCUCAAAGACCUCAAGAAGCAGUACCGCAGCCAGUACCAGGACCUGCGUGACCUCAGGGCUGAGAUCCAGUACUGCCAGCGCCUGGUGGAUCAGUGUCGCCAGCGCCUGCUCAUGGAAUUUGACAUCUGGUACAAUGAGUCCUUUGUUAUCCCCGAGGACAUGCAGGUGGCACUGAGGCUGGGCAGCAGCAUCCGACCAGGCAUGGUGCCUGUCAACAGGAUUGUGUCUCUGGGAGAAGAUGACCAGGACAGGUUCAGCCAGAUUCAGCAGACAGUCUUGCCAGAGGCGCCUGAGUCCAUCUCCUUUGUCAACGCCAAGGUCAAAACAGCGCAGAAGCAAAAUUACUUGAAAACCAUGAUGGGCCUCCAGCAGGCACACAGAAAAUAGUCUCAUCACCAGUCCCUGGAGGGUCCCUCAACUCCAACCUGCUGUAGUGGAGCCGCUAAACCACCUGCCAGGAGCUCCAACCACUCUGCUCCCAGGCUGCAGCUCUCGAAGGCAUAACAGCCUGCAUGCCAGAAGAGCGUCCUCCAGGGCACGCCCUAGCUCGCCUCCACGGAAUGUGUUUGGUUUUGAUUCAGCCUUACAUGCACAGACAGAUAAACUUACUUUCUAGUUUGGACUUUUUAGUGCUAA